AUGCCGAGAAGAGGCGCCGCUGCAGAGGAAGUUGGAAUAGAGAUAGACGAAGAUGUGAGCGACAGUGAUGAUGGUGCAAACCGGAGGAGAGCAAACAGGAGACAGGCAGGUGGACGAGGAGGAGGAGGUGCAAGAGGAAGAGGUCGAGGCAAAAAGGCAGACAGCGAAGAGGAAGAAGAUGAGGAGGAGGAGGCUCCAAAGAGACGAGCAAGAGGCGGAAACAAGAGGGGGGCUGCUAAUAAACGAGGUGGCGGUAAAAACGACGACGAUGACAGUGAAGAUGAGGCUCCUAAGAAGAAGAGAGGAGGUGCAGCCAACAGGAGGAAAGGUGGCAAAGCCCAAGAAAGCGAGGAGGACGACAGUGAGGCUGAGAAAGGAAAGAGGGGGAAGAGAGGAGGAAAGAAAGGAGGGAAGGAGGAGGACAAGGGGAAGGGGAAGAAAGGCGACGCCAAAGGAAAGGACAAAGGGAAAGAUGACGAUAAGGACAAGAAGAAAAAGAAAAAGAAAGAUGACAGCUCAUCGGAUUCAAGCUCAAACUCAGACGAGGAGGAAGAGUCCAUGUCAGAGGGGGAGAUGGCCCGGCUGAUGGAGGAGGUGGAGGAGAAGAAGAAACUGAUCGCAAACAUCAGAAAUAAGCCUUGGAGGAUGAAGCGAAGGCUGGUUCUCUUAAGGGAAGCUCAACAAUUUGUGGAUAAGUUUGAAGGAGCUCUGGGCAAAGGAAAAGGCAGGAAGUGGUAUGCCUACAAAGUGAUGAUGACCAAGAAAUGGAUUAAGUUUCAGAGAGAUUUUGAGAAUUUCAGAACAGCCUGCAUCCCCUGGGAGAGAAAGAUCAAAGAGGUUGAAAGUCACUUUGGAUCAUCGGUUGCUUCUUACUUCAUCUUCCUCCGCUGGAUGUACGGCAUGAAUCUGGUCCUUUUUGGUCUCACCUUUGGUUUGGUGGUCAUUCCUGAGGUCCUCAUGGGUCUCCCCUAUGGGUCUAUUCCAAGAAAGACUGUACCAAGAGCAGAGCAGGACACUGCUCAGGAUUAUUCAGUUCUCAUGGACUUUAAUGGAUAUUGUAAAUACUCUGUCUUGUUCUACGGAUAUUACAACGACCAGAGAACCAUCGGCUUGCUAAAGUUCCGGCUGCCUCUCUCCUAUCUAUUGGUGGGGAUCGGAAGCUUCGGGUACAGCCUGAUGCUCGUGAUUCGAACAAUGGCGAAGAACGCUGAUGUUGGCGGAGGAGAUGGAGAGGAGGGUGAGUUCACCUUCGCCUGGAAGAUGUUCACCAGCUGGGAUUACCUCAUCGGCAAUGCAGAAACCGCUGACAACAAAUACGCCUCCAUCACCACUAGCUUUAAGGAGUCCAUUGUGGACGAGCAAGAAAACCAGAAGGACGAGAACAUCCACCUGCGCAGGUUUCUCAGGGUUCUGGCCAACUUCCUUAUCACCUGCAGCCUUGGUGGGAGUGGGUACCUCAUCUACUUUGUGGUGAAAAGAUCUCAGGAAUUCGCCAACAGGGAUGACCUUAGCUGGUAUGAGAAGAAUGAGUUGGAGCUCAUCAUGUCCCUGCUGGGUCUGGUGUGUCCUCCUCUUUUUGAGACAAUCGCCGAACUGGAGGACUACCAUCCUCGAAUCGCCCUCAAGUGGCAGCUGGGACGCAUCUUUGCCCUCUUUCUAGGAAAUCUCUACACCUUCCUGUUUGCUUUGUUUGAUGAGGUCAACUCCAAGCUAGAAGAGGAACAGUCUAUCAAGAAUGCUUCCAUCUGGGCCAUGAAGGAAUACUAUGCCAACUACUCACGUCUUCUUAACGACACUGAUGCUACUCCUCCCCCAAUGGACCCUGGGGAUGUUAUCCGAGGCCCGUGCUGGGAGACUGCAGUCGGCAUUGAGUUUGUGAAGCUGACCGUUUCAGACAUACAGGUGACCUACCUGACCAUCCUGAUUGGCGACUUUGCCAGAGCCGUUAUUGUCCGUUUCCUCAACUACUGCUGGUGCUGGGAUCUGGAAGCUGGAUUUCCAUCGUACGGAGAGUUUGACAUCAGUGGCAAUGUUCUUGGACUGGUCUUCAACCAGGGGAUGAUCUGGAUGGGAGCGUUUUAUGCCCCGGGGCUUGUUGGCAUCAAUGUGCUUCGUCUCCUGAGCUCCAUGUACUAUCAGUGCUGGGCCGUGAUGGCCACAAACGUCCCCCAUGAGAGAGUGUUCAAGGCCUCCAAGUCCAACAACUUCUACAUGGGUCUCCUGCUCCUCAUCCUCUUCCUGAGCCUGUUGCCAGUUGUCUACACCAUCAUGACGCUACCGCCUUCAUUUGACUGCGGUCCUUUUAGUGGGAAGACAAAGAUGUUCGAUGUGAUCAUGGAGACAAUUGACUUGGAUCUGCCAGCCUUCAUGGGGACUCUGUUCAGCUAUGCAGCAAACCCUGGUCUCAUCAUACCAGCCGUGCUGCUCAUGGUGUUGGCCAUCUAUUAUCUGAACUCAGUCUCCAAAGCCUAUCAAAACUCAAACAUGGAACUAAAGAAGAAAAUGCAGAUGGCUCGCGAUGAAGAGAAGAACCGCAGGAAUAACAAAGACAGCACCAACCAGGUCAUGAAAGACCUGGAGGACCUGCUGCCGAACCGAUCACUCAGCCCCCCUGCUCCACCGGAGCCCGAAAAAACACCAGAGCCGGAGGCAAAGCCCACCAAGACAAAGCCUGGUUCAGCCGGAAAAGGAGUCAACUUACAGAAGGACGUGGCUCUAGCUUCCUCCAACCCAAACGCCCGAGGGCCAGUAGAUCGGCCGCCGGGACCGAGAGGACCUGGGCCGGGUCCUGGAAGAGGUCGAGGCAGAGGGAGAGGACCCCCUCCAAGAUAA